CUUGAAUCCUCUCAUUUUCGCCAAUUCCCUCUUUUAUCCGUUUGCUGCAACCGUCGACUCGUUCGGAAAAGAAAAGAAUCGCCUUUCUUUUUUGAGGAGUCCGUCUUUGCUGUGUGUAACCUCUUGAAGGUAUUCUUUCGCUGCUGGUGCCGAGGGUAGGUUCUCUUCCCGUUUGCUAUGCUUUCACCCGGCCCUGCAUUCCAGGAUCAAUCACCAUCUGCAGCUCCCUGAGAUAGAUCGAUCAUUUAUCGCCGCUACCCUAGGUCCUCGUACAAAUCACACACCCUUCAAUCGUUGCAAAAUUUAGUCGAGAGAAUUUCGGCUUCCAACUUCGAGUAUCAGUGUUUGCUGUGGUUUGACGGGGCCCUCUUCUCAUCGAUCCUUCCUUAAUUCCUUCGCUACAGUGAACAGAAAGCCGUUGCAGCCAUGACAGGAAAAAUGAAGUUAUAUAAGUUGGUGGUGUUGGGAGACGGAGGUGUUGGGAAGACAGCACUUACAAUUCAGCUGUGUUUGAAUCACUUCGUCGAAACAUAUGAUCCCACCAUCGAGGAUUCCUAUAGAAAGCAAGUCGUGAUCGAUCAGCAACUAUGCAUGCUGGAGGUACUGGACACGGCCGGUCAAGAGGAGUAUACGUCGCUGCGUGACCAGUGGAUUAGAGAUGGCGAGGGCUUCGUUCUCGUGUACAGCAUUACAUCCCGGUCUUCGUUCACCAGCAUACAGAAAUUCUACAACCAAAUCCAGCUUGUGAAGGAAUCCGCGAGCUCCGGCUCACCAACUGGCGCCGGCUACCUCUCAUCCCAGAUGAAUGGCUCCAAUUCAGGGCCACCCCAGCCCGUCCCCGUCAUGCUGGUCGGAAACAAGUGUGAUAAAGCAGUUGAGCGGGCUGUUUCCUCGCAGGAAGGGUACGGGCUGGCAAGGGACCUUGGCUGCGAAUUCGUUGAGGCCUCCGCCAAGAACUGCAUUAACGUUGAGAAAGCGUUUUUCGACGUUGUGCGACUCCUCCGACAACAGCAGCAACAGCACCAAUUUCAGCAAACUCAGCACUCUACACGGCAUCUAGACAGGCGAGGCACCGCAUAUGGUGCUGCAUGCGCACCCACUGGCGCCAAAUAUACGAGGUCCUUUGGGACAAACCGCAAGGAGACCCGCAGUGGCUUGAAGUGCAGGAUCUUUUGAUUGCUUGACUCCCGGCACUUCCAUUAAUAGUUAUACUACCAUCCCGACUCCCUAGUCCUUCGUGGUCGCCUCGCUUCCCCCUCCCCCCUUUUGCUACUUAAAAAAAAAGGAAAAAAAGAAAAGGAACCAAAACCAAAAAAAA